UACUUUAUGAAUAAAUUCUUUCUCUCUUUUACAUGACUACUGUUGUUAUAGAGAUGUCUAAAGAUGCUAAUUUAGUACUUUUUUAUUCAUGGAUCUGUAAGUUUCUUGGGACACAGUCGAAGUUUUUUCAAGGUCAAUGAAGACAAGGAUAUGCAGGAUAUGUAAUAAUAAUGUGGAUAAAUUUAUUGGCUAAACUGACCGGACGGUCUAAGUAUCGAGGUGUUUGCACUUUAUUGUCCAGAUAGAUAGCAAUGUAAGUACGCACAUACGCCCGGCCGCCGCCGGCCACAAAUCUUCCGUUUCACUCGGGCCCAGCCUCCGAGCGGUGCGAAGAGGAAACAGCACGCUCCAAAGCACGGCGGCUGCGUGAUGCCGGCUACUCCCGAAAUAGGCUGCCCCCCGCGCGGGGUGCCGGCCCAUCGACGUGCUUUUAGUAUGCUGCGCGCAUGCGAACCGCCCGCACCCUUCUGCGCUCCUGGUCCUUACGACCGUAAACACGCGAAUUACAAAACCACUUUAAAAAUAGAAAGCGUGCUAAAUAGCAUGCUGUGAACAAUGGUGGCCAUACUAGCCAACCCAAAAUGGAGCGAGGACCUCACCAUACAAAUGAUAAUUGAGUACGAGAAACGUGAAUACCUAUGGAACCCCGUGUCUGAGCAUUACAAGAAUAAGAAAAUACGGGAGCAGGGGUACGUUGAGAUAAUUAAUGCGUUGAAUCUGAUCGACGUCACUGUUAAGGAAUUAAAAAACAAGAUAAAGAACAUACGAUCGUCGUACAGCGUAGAGCUGAAGAAGAUUCGCGCGGCUAGGAAGGCUGGCGCGCAUGCGUACAGGCCCAGCGUCACGUGGUUCGAGCACGCAGACAGGUUUCUGCGGGCGAUUGUCACACCGAGCUCCGUCGAUAACAGCUUAUUAGAGAUCCCGGCGAGCGACGAUAGCGAUGCAGUACAAGACUUGAGCGAACGUAAGUCACCGGAAAAGAAAAGCCCGCGAAAACGCCGAAGCUCGACUCGUUCGUCCACUCCGUACGUAUUGAAUACUCCAUCCCCUCGACCAAGUACGCCGUUUGGGUUAAACUCCGCUUCGGCGACCCCAUUCGGUAUUCUCCCUACAUCGACAUCUGCACCAUUCCUUAAUCCCCCCGUCGGGAUUGCUACGCCUCUAACUACCUCACUUGCGACUAUUUACCCGGUCCCCACAAAACAAAAGAAAAGCGAAGAUCGCAAUGGUGAUCACAGCGAUGUACCGCAAGAUCUGAGUCAGCAUGCAGAGAAUGGAAAUGAAAACGAAUUUGAAAUGUUUGGCAAAUUAAUUGCUAGUCAGUUAAGGAAGCUACCGCUGAGUCUCGCUUUAGAUACUCAGUUGAAGAUACAAACUUUAGUAAACGCCGCGAGAAUACAGGCAGUAUAUCAGCAAUACAGUUAUGCUGGGCCAUCACAGGAGGCGUUAUCAGUGCAGGCAUUAUCGAAUGGUAUAUUAGCCAGCAUGGCGUCACAGAGCAACUACGCUUCCCGAGCAUUAGCCAUGAGAAACGACUCUCCUGAUGAUAUGAAUAGGGACAUGAAAACGGAGUACUCGUUGGGAUCUGAGGCAGAAGACUAAUAAUAGAAACGCUGUAUCUCUUUUUUGAAAAGAUAAUACGAGAUAGCUUUAUCUCACAAACACAGAAUACCUCAAAUUAAGGAUUUCAAGAAUUUAUGUAUGCUCAUAAUUGUAUACCAAUUUAGAUGAAAGUUGACUAUAGGUCGGUAUAUAUACAUGUUUUAGAUGAGUAUAUAAAUGUGAUAGAUGUUUAGGUAACAUUGGAAAUUACAGAGAAAUAACUGAAACAAGUACAAAAUAUAUUUAACGGAAUAUGUUAAAGAUGUUUGCUCAUAGGAAGAGAACAAAAUUUACGAAUAAGUCCGAAGACUAGUCAUUAAAUAUCUCGAUGUGUAAUUUAGAUCUCGGUGUUUUGGCUGUGUUAGUUUUAUUUUAUGAUUACGACAUUGUAUGCGUACAUAUCUUUCUGUCUGUCCUUUACUUGGGCAUUAGAAACUAAUUUAUAGAGAAGUUACCAAUUUCGAAUUUAAUAUUUUAGACACACUGUCUAUUGAUGUAGCUGUUGAAAAGUUUUAAAUUUUAUACCGUUCUAUAAUACUCAUAAUAAUAUAAUUUUUAUCUCUUAAAAGUGGACGGAGUUCAUCAGUAGACAGUUAGAUUUAUUUUUUUGCGUCUAAAUAAAUGUAUUUUACAAGACGAAAUUUUGUUAAUAUUUUUAUAUUACAAUUUAUUUUAUGAUAACAAUAGUAUCUAGUGUUAUAAUUGUGAUUUAAAUGUUUUAAUGCACGCAAAUUGAAUAUAAAAAAUACCUCAAAAUAAUGGUAAUAUAAAAUAUCUUUGGGGUAAAUGAUGUGGAUAAAAGUCAACAAGUUGGCGGUAAAUUAGGUAUCCACCUGAGCAUUCUUUACUCCCUCAGGUGGUAUAUAUAUAUAAUUGAUAAUAACUAUUUGGAAUAAACGUAUUUAACUUGUUGUUUGAUGUGCCACAAUUAGAUUGUAUACUACAUAAUGUGAUUUAUUGAGAAAUAAAUAUUUUAUAAAUGUCAUCAAAAUAU